AUGGUCAGAGAUGGCCUCCACGCAGAUGACAUUAACAGUCCCUUCCGUGACAAUUCAACCUGCGGGGACGAUUCACACUUGAUUGAUGAUGGCUCCAGCAUCAGUUCUGGAAAUAGAUCUCGUGCUCGACAAUGGGGCAUCAAUCAACAAAUGGCUGUUGCAAAUGCUUCAGGUAACAUCUCCCGCCAAGUGAAACAGUUCUUUCACACGCGGUCUCGAAGAACGACCAGUAUUUCCCUACCAGGAGUAGAAUGCGUCUAUUGCGACCAACCCAUCGCGGCAUUCAAACGACGAGCCAGAGAGAUUCUUCUAUCCAAGAAUCUACUCUCGAUUCCCUUUACUCUAGUAGCCAUCCUUUUCUCCGUAUCCGAUAUCCCCCCGCUAGUGAUCUUUAUCUGGAAUUUGAUCGCUAUCGUGCCCUUGUCGAUAACCCUCACUUUUGCGACCGAACGACUUUCUCGUGAAUUGGGAGAGACCGCGGGAGCUCUUUUGAACAUCAGCAUCGGUAACUUGGCUGAAUUAAUUAUUUUCACGGCACUGAUGAAAAACAACAUCAAAGUGGUACAAGCAUCUCUUCUUGGUUCAAUUCUGGUCAACUUGCUUCUUGUGUUGGGUUCUGCAAUCAUCGCUGGAGGAUGGGCAUCUCCCGACCAAACCUAUAACAGCGAUCUCACACACGCCUUUGUCGGAUUACUGAAUCUAACGGUAUCAUGUCUAAUGAUCCCAACCGCUUUCUAUGGCAGCGUGAAAGAUAUCAAAUCAGCCGAUCACAUGGCCCUCUAUUUCAGUCGUGGCGUCUCCGUCAUCCUCCUCGCCAUCUACUUUCUCUACCUGUUCUUCCAAUUCAAAUCACACGCCCACCUAUUCCGCUCUCGCGCCGCUGGACUACACCCGGAUCCCAGUGAAGAGUCCGAAACACUACAUACCCGCCGAUCCUACGACGAAAUGUUCAUGGAUAUCGAAUCCCAAGAAUCCACCGUGUCCCUAAUCAACAAGGACCACGAACGACCCGAGAUGCAAGAAGUUCAACCCGCCGGCCCCGCCUCCCCAAUGGACGACCUCCGCCCCGAGUCCGGACUACCAUUAGAUCACAUCGAUACCGAGCGCGGCCAUACCCACGAGGAGGACCAGGACCAAGACCAGAACGGAGUUCGGAUCCACAACUGCAAAAACCUAUCUUUCGCCAGCCGGGCAAUUUCAAUCGUAAUCCUUGUCGCCUCAACAGUCUUAAUAGCCAUCUGCGCCGAAUUCUUCGCCUCCAGUUUCGGCGUCCUGAACGAAAAGGGUAUUCUCGGCGAAUCCUUCGUUGGACUGAUCGUCAUCCCGGUCGCAGGAAACGUUGCCGAGAACGUCACGGCCGUCAUUGUCGCUCACAAGAAUCAGCUUGAUCUCGCGAUCAGUGUUGCUCUUGGCUCGGCGAUUCAGAUCGGGUUGCUUGUUGCGCCUGUUAUUGUUCUUGUCGCUUGGGCUUUGGAUAAGCCCAUGACUCUUCACUUCGAUCGUUUCGGGAUGGUGACGCUGGUCGGCUCCGCCCUGCUUGUUAGUUUCCUUGUUCUCAAGGGGAAAACUAAUUAUCUAGAAGGCGCUAUUUUGUGCGCCUGUUUUGCCGCCAUCUCUGUCGGCGCUUUCUUGCUACCCAUUACUUAA